UCCCGUGCAAUUGGUGUUUUAAUUUUAAUUAGUGGAAAACUCCUUUCGAGGCGUUGAAAACCGCUAAGAAAAUGGAGGAAAAACGCGAAGAAUUAUGCUUGAAGCGAAUCUGUCGGUUCUGCAUGACCCAGGAAGAACCAUUGACAAACAUAUUUGAAAAGGAUUCACCCGCAGAAAAUAACGCGGUGCCGUUGCCUUUACAGAUUAUGGCUUGCGUUUCUGUUGAGGUCUUUUAUAAUGAUGGAAUGCCAAGGACUAUAUGUAGCCCAUGCAGAAUAUUGAUGGAUAGAUCUUAUCGAUUCAAACAAAUUUGCAAACAGAGUGAUAGUGCUUUGAGGCAAUAUCCAAACACUGGAGUUUGGCCUGAACCAAUAAGUUUGCCGGAUGAUAUUUUUGAGACAAUACAGGUGCAAAAUCGAAAACGUGGUAUUGAUGAGGUGGAAGAGGAUUCCAAUGAGACUGCAGAGGAGAACCCUCCUUCACCAAAGCAGGUUAAAACCUAUGUGGAGCUCAAACCAGUGACAAGGAAUAGAAAUAGGACUGAAAACAAAGCAACUAAGAAUGAUGAAAAUAAACCAAAAAUUUUGAAUCUACAAGCUGGAACUACUACUACAGAAGUAUCUAAAGUUUUAAAAAUCGAACGCAGAAGUACAUUGAACGAUGGAAAUACAGAACAAUAUGUGCUCAAGGAAGAUUUCUAUGACUAUGAUGAUAGACCAGCUCUUAGCGAUGAUAAUCCCAACAAGCCAACAGUUUGUGUUGAAACUGAUGUCUUUCCUUGUGACCAUUGCGAUAGAAGUUUUCCUCUUCAACAAUUAUUGGACAUCCAUAUGCGCCGUCAUACCAGAGAAAGAAAAUAUCAUUGUGAUCAGUGCUCAAAGAGUUUCUUCAGUAAAUAUGAUUUGGCAAAACAUGCCAAUGUACAUAGUGGUGAGAAGCCUUUUACUUGUGUUGAAUGUGGGAAGGCAUUUGCAAGAGCUACACUCUUACACAGGCAUGAAAAAGUGCAUGUAGACACUCCCAAGUUCUUAUGCAGCACAUGUGAUAAAACAUUUUUAUCAUUAAACGAACUAGAUAGACAUGAAAGUAAUCAUCGCAAGACAAGAAUGUUUGAAUGUAAAGAGUGCAAUAAGACGUUUGCAUAUAAGCAGGGAUUGGAACGUCAUUCAUUUGUACAUGCUGAAGCUAAACCUCAUCAGUGUCAUUACUGCAAUGAGAGUUUUACAACUGAUGGUAAAUUAGCAAGGCACAUUCGCAGACAUGCUGGAUCAAGGCCCUAUCCCUGUAGAUAUUGUCAGAAAUCUUUCUUGCUUUCUCAUCACCUGACUAGACAUAUGAAAACAUCUCAUGCAAAUGAAGAUCAGAACAGGCGAAAUCGUUCUGAACAAAUGAUUACUAGAGGAUCAGGUGCAAAAAAUACUAAUUCUCAAUCGCCAGAAGCACGGAGACCUCGUCCUAGGAUUCCAAAGGUUGAGCAGAUAGAUGAAUUCAAAUGUGAUGAGUGCGAUAUGAGGUUUGAAACGAAUGAUGAAUUAAUAUAUCACUCUGCUGUUCACGCCACACAAAGCUUGACCUGCCCAUUAUGUAAUGAGAAAUUUACAGAUUUGGAUUCAUGCACCGAACAUAUAAAAUCACAUACAGAAGGUGAACAACAUCCUUGUGAAUUCUGCGAUCUCAUAUUCAACACUGAGGAACAAAUGUUAGAACAUUCAGAAAAUGCGCAUCAGGGCGAUGAAGAUGAAGAAAAUACAAACGAUGGUGAAAUGGGUAUUCACAAUAUCAAGGAAGAAGUCAUUGAGGAAUCGGUUCCAGAGGAAGGUGAAGAGAAUGAAGGUGAAAUGUUUGAAGACCCUCUUCGAAUUUUAAAUUCAAUUACAAAAUUGAAUAGCAAUAAAACUAAAAAUAACAAACAAGAUGGAAAUAAUAAAAUUAAUAAAGAAGCAACAAGUGGUUCUGAAUCACAACCAGUUAGAAGAAGUAUGAGGUCAGGUCGAAAAGAUUAUGCUAAGAUGUUGAAAUUGGAUGAUGAAGCAGAUUCUGAGGAGGAAGAAGAGGAAAUCGAUGAUGGACAAAUACAAGACGAAGAUAGUGAGAGUGAUGUUGUUUUAGAGAAAAUUAAGAAGAAAACGGAUGGCAAAUCUUUUGAUGGGAAUAAAAAUACUAAAACUGAAGCUCCUAGAAUAUUAAAUUCAACUCUCAAGACCACCAUGAACGCAAUACCCGAAGAGAAAAAAAUACUUAACAAAAAUAUCAAACAAAUGACACCAAGAUCAACUAAUCCUCCAAGGUUAUUGAAUCCUGGUGUAGCCAAAGUUAGUGAAACUGCACCUGAAAAGCAAAAUGUAUCAAAAUCUAUAGAUUUACCACAAGUAUCAGAUGAAGAUAAGAAGAAUACAACAUUAAGCUUGAAAGGAGAUGAACCGAAUGAAAAUAAUAUAACUAUAAGUUCUACACCUGCCAAGUUGACUAAAGCACAGCUGGCAAAUGUUCCUAGACAAAGAACCGAGAUAGUGAAAAUGAAAAUAGGCGACAAAAUGGUAAAAGUGCAGAAGAUCAUAAUGACUAAAUCAGAAGUGCAAGCAAUGGCUCGUCAAGGCAAAAUUGAAAUGAAAGGUGGAGCUAUGGUUCUAAAACAAGGAGCCAAGAUUGUAAAGCCUUUAGCUGCUAAUAGUAAAAGUGCCGAAGAAAGUUCAAGUACUGCCAAAGCAAAUGUAGCUACUGAAGAUGGUGAGAAGCAGACUGUUGAAACUCAUUAAAUAAAUAAACUA